ACAGACAUCGACUUGCUCCCUGCAUCAAAAGCAACAAAUCAGACUCAUGGAGCACAGGAACACGGAGCGAAACGGUAAAAACAAGGCAUUGAUUGACCAGCUAAUAAGCGACAACAGUGCGUGGUUAUCUGAAGAUUUUUGUGGCUGUAGGUGAUGGUUUCCUACUUUAAGGGCAGGGCUUGCUGGGACUGUCUGUAGGAGUAAAACAAAAGAGCCCGUGGAGGAAUUCUGUUAUGAGGAUGCCAACCACACGCACACUUUGAGGAAAAGGGCUGUUGGAGAAAACCACAGAUCUAUAAGAUGGACGCAGGAUUUGGAAAUCAGUUCUGUCAGAGAUGAACUGGAUCGGAAGGCACUUCUCGAAGCACAUUUGCAGCUAAAAGAAGAUUUAUAUUAAAGAUGCAUUCAUUGGAUUCUCAAUGUGAAAAUACUCUUUGCUACUAACUAUGGGGAAUCUUGUUGCAUGAAUGUUUCAAAAGGCAGGAUAUAGAGACAAGUAAUGAAUAUUAUGAAAAAGCACACGUAUCUACUUCUUUUAAAGACUGAGGAUUAAGGGGAUGGAGCCGUGUGACUCAAGGCGGAUAAAGGAACGCCACGGCAGUAAUGAUGUGACUGUCAGCAAUUCAUCCAUUUGACAUCUGAUCCAGCGUACAGGAUCAUGAUUUGUGGCCAUUAACAAAUCGGAAUAAGAAACAAUCUGAAGACUCAACAUUUCCACAGUGCAUCACCCUGGAUUUGCAUCCGAAGUAAUGAGGGAACUGACAGGGCAGAUCACAUACAAAAAAAACUAAAGGCUUGGAAACCAUUUUACAUCUUGAUGAAACAGACACCACAGGUCUGUGGACUACCUGGAUUACCAUGCCACGCACACCACCAGGAAGUCCAGCAAGAGGAACCGAAGUGUUGCAAGAACAGGACACGAAAUGGAGAUAUCCUUCACCAACUAUUCCCAUCAGCACAAUACAUGUCAACCCCAUGCCACAAUCAACAAUUCUCUGGCUAGGCCUCAUAGGCUUUGUACUGUUGAGAAGCGGACCAGUUGUGUUGGCAGGCGAGACGUGGGGCAUGGUGUCAAUCUGCCCGAUCCACUGUGUGUGUCGGAAUUUAUCAGAGUCUCUGAGCACAUUGUGUGUGAAUAAAGGUCUUCUUUUCGUGCCACCGAACAUUGAUCGCCGCACUGUGGAGCUCCGUCUUGCUGACAAUUACAUUGUGGAAGUGGGAGGUACCGACUUUGCCAAUAUGACAGGACUGGUCGACCUGACACUGUCACGUAACACCAUCCAUGCUCUAAAACCAUUUGCCUUCUCUGAUCUGGAGAGUUUGCGUUCGCUUCACCUGGACACCAACCGUCUCACUGUGGUGGGACCUCAGGAUCUGACAGGUCUUGUUAACCUUCAACAUCUCAUCAUCAACAACAACCAGCUAACCAACAUCUCAGCAGAUGCUUUUGAUGAUUUCUUACUAACUUUGGAGGAUCUGGAUCUUUCCUACAACAACCUCCGGAGGGUUCCUUGGGAAGCUAUUCAAAACAUGGCUAGCCUGCACACCUUAAAUUUGGACCACAACCUCAUAGACCAAAUAGCUGAGGGUUCUUUCGGCGAGCUCUUCAAACUCUCCCGUCUGGAUAUGACCUCAAACAGAUUACAGACUCUUCCUCCCGAUCCGCUGUUUUCCAGAUCCCAGAUUGGGGUUGUCAGUCCGACUCCAUACAAUUCCAUCAUCAGCCUUAACUUUGGGGGCAAUCCCCUGCACUGCAACUGUGAGCUGUUGUGGCUACGACGACUGAUCCGUGAAGACGACAUGGAGACAUGUGCCACACCUAUUCAUUUGGCAGGCCGCUACUUCUGGUCAAUCCCAGAAGAAGAGUUUACCUGCGAACCUCCACUAAUCACCCGUAAUACCAACAAGUUGUGGGUGCUGGAGGGUCAAAGGGCCACGCUUAAAUGCAGAGCAAUCGGUGAUCCCGAGCCAGUUAUUCAUUGGGUGUCACCAGAUGACCGUAUAAUGGCCAACACAAGUCGCAUUCGCUCGUACUACAAUGGCACGUUGGAUUUUUUAGUGACCCGUGCCAGGGAUGACGGCACCUAUACGUGCAUCGCCAUCAAUGCUGCAGGGGAAUCCACAGCUUUGGUGGAUUUAAAGAUCAUCCCUCUGCCCCACCGAGGGAAUGUUACAAUAUCCCUAAUCAACCAGAGAGACCCUGGAUCCUCUGAUAUUAGCAGUGGGCGGGGAGGGAUUGAUGGGGUAGGGAAUGGUGUGGUGACUGUAAGGAACGUCACCGGGGGUAAGGCAGAAUCUGGAGAGAAGGGAUUUGGCAGCAAUGGAGGAAACGAGAACUUGGUUGGAGUUUUGGGUGUGACAUCUAGUUCAGCCCAGAUCCGCUGGAAAAUGGGUAGAUCCUCAACUCCUUUCUUGGUUUGGAUGUACCAAAUCCAGUACAACAGCACAGCAGACGAUGCACUUGUUUACAGAAUUCUGCCUCCAGCUAGUAACAGUUUCCUGCUGAAAAACCUGGUGUCAGGAGCAGACUACAGCCUGUGCGUCUUGGCCAUAUUUGAUGAUGGCAUCUCCUCCCUGGCUACAACAAAGGUGUUGGGUUGCAUCCAGUUCAGCACUAAAGAGGACUACCCAGAAUGCCGUUCUCUGCAUGCUCACUUCCUGGGCGGCACGCUGACAGUGAUGGUGGGUGGCGUGGUGGUGGUAACCCUUCUGGUCUUCACCGUGGCCAUGAUGGUUCGCCAUCGCGUCUGCGGCGAGUGUCGAGAUGAUGCCAACAGGUCGGGUAAGUUUUUGCCAGCCAAAGGCGUGGAUGUUUAUGCCCAGACGAACGGAAACAACAGCAUGAUGAUGGUGGCGCUGCCAAAUAGAGUCUUGGCCCAAAGAUCAAAAGCAACACAGGACAAAAACAAGUCUGGCUCGGCACCCAAACCAAAACAGAGCCCGGAGCCGCACCGUGGCCAGAGCGUGGACACGUGCGGUGGGGGUGAAGGUGCAGCGAAGGAAAAAUGUUUCAGCCCUCACACACCAGAGAACGAAAGAUUGACACUCUACUACUCCCCGAGUAACACGCUUCCCCUACCGACACACAAGCGAACUGGUAGGCUCAAGUUACGGAAGUCUCUGGAGACAGAGGGAGAUGUGGACAUGGGGCUGGGGGGUGGGCGAGUCUCUCUUGCAUUGACGCAGGAUGGAGAGGAAGAACGAGACGAAGAGUCAGACUUGGGGAGGGCUCUGAGAACCAAACGAAGCUGCUCUUUCGACGUGGGUGAAAUCACCACCACCACCAGCUGCUACGGCUACGCCAAGCGGCUGAGCGUCAUCUGGACCCGUCGUAGUCAGUCGCUGCAUGGCAUGCUGGUCCACUGCACCUCCACCACCAGCACAUCCAGCACGGGCAGCGAGCAGUACGGUCACGCUCUGACACAAAACUAUCUACAUGCCUUUGCUUCAAACAACUCCUCAAACUCCAACUGUAACUCGACUUCUAACUCCAACAGUAGCAUGACUGUCAACCCAAGAGACCUGGAGGAAAGUGUGGUGUAGCCACUUUCAGGGUCAAAGCGACCUAUAAAAAGAUCAAAAGGGACCAAUGCGGUAACUCGAGAACACAAACUAUGAAAGUGUGAUUAUCAGAGGAGAACAGAAGUCGAUGUGGAGCGGUGGUCCUGACACAAAAGAUUGGCUAUUAUGUGAUUAUUUUAGCAACAACAAGGCUCGAAAUCAAUUUAUUCGGAGACAAAGAACGUUGAGUUGGAUUGUUGAAAAAAAUGUAUAAGAACAUGUUUGUUUUUAAUGAUGGGCUUAAGGCAUUGGGGAUUACAACCUAAAGCAUCUGUUUCAACAAGAUUAACGAACCAAUUAAUAAAUGGUUGAAUAAAUCAGCCACAACUUUAUAUUCGAGCAACACUAUUUGAAUGAUAAUGCCAAGCUGAAACAAGGGGGUAAAUUUUACAAAAACAAAACCCAAAGAGAGAGUCUAUUAUCUGUCAAAAUAUGCUGCUGUGAACACAUGUGGGCCCUCUGAUGAGAGGAAAGUAUAUAAAUACGCUGUAAAGUGUCUUUUCAAUUUUCUUGGUGGUUAUGUUUUUCCAAUGAAUAUCGAAAAGAUAGGGCAGGGUGAGCUAUUGAACAUUUCAGCACGUUGGCUAAACGGAUGAAUCAUUUGUUCAAAUGUCAUUCAACAGUGGAUUCUGAAUAGUCAUUCUUGUUCUUGUCUG